CGCGUCCACCAUUCUUCAAGUUAUCCAAAAAAAAAAUGUUUGAAACAGUUAAAGCAUGGACAGUUCAAAAAGCACUCGCCGCUUGUCAUGCCAAACCCAAGACCAGAAGGGAAUUCCAUGGGCGUUCCAUUUCUAUUCUCACCAUACAUCUCCCUUUGCAAUUGCUUCAUCUCUCUCUCUCUCUCUACGAGCUCUGGUUUUUGUAUCACGACUUCUUCUUCUUCCCCAGAAACCUCUCAGGACUACAAUGAGAGACAUUAUUUCUUGCUUCAGCGAGGACUCCAUCAGCUUCUCCACUCCCUCGUGCUCCCACCCUUCCAAGAACGCCUUCAUCUCUCCCUCCCCUCUUCCUUCCGUCCAGAAUGCAGUCACCUGUGUCUACAAAACCAUCCUCUCCAGGAGCAAAGAGCAACUCUUGAUCACCAUCUCCUGGUUCACCGCGCAAACGGGUCAUCAAGACGCGAUCGUGAGCUUCGACCACGAUCAGUCUUCUUCCUUCAGGCUCGGCGCCAGUUCGGGCUUGUUCAGGAAGAACAGAAGCCACUACAAGAAGAUGGAGCACCGGAAUUCUGAGGUUGAAGUCUUCUGGGACUUCUCGAAAGCCGUGUAUGAGACGGGACCCGAACCCGUGGAUGGGUUCUACGUGUUGGUCACCGUUGAUUCUGAAUUGGGUCUCGCUCUCGGCGACAUGGCACCGCGAGAAGCCAUCUCCAAGAAGCUCGGGGUUUGCGCGGGCGGGGAUACGGUGAAAUUCUCCAUGGUUUCGCGGCGGGAGCAUUUGUCGGGCGACUCGGUGUACAGCACCAAGGCGCGGUUCGGCAAGACGGGCGUCGUGCACGACGUUCUGAUCAAGCGUAGAGACGAAAGCGAGGGGCAGAAGUAUCCGGUCCUAUGCGUUUACGUGGACAACAAGAUCGUGCUGAGAGUGAAGAGGCUGCAGUGGAACUUCCGGGGGAGCCAGACGAUCUUCGUGGACGGCUCCGCGAUCGACCUGCUGUGGAACGUGCACGAUUGGUUCUUCGGCCCAGGGACCGGAUGGGCGACGUUCAUGUUCAGGAUGAGAAACGAAACAUCGGCGUCGGCCACGGGCGACAGCGAAAGGUUUCGGUUGGAAGACAAGUUGGAGGAGAUGCAAGAAGAGGAAGAAUGUCACAGAGGCGAUUUUUCUUUAUUGAUAUGUGCAAGCAAGAGCGCAUGACAGAGACCAGUUCAAAUGCAUAGCUUCUGGGGAUUCUCUCUUCCUUAAGAUCUCUUCAAGCCCGAACCAAAACAUCGAAUUGUAGCUUGUGAUCUUUCCUUCAUCCGUCUCACGUUACAAUGUUAAAAGGAGGUAGGAAAAAUACUUUUGAGUUAGCGUUUUUGUCUUUUUAGGCAAACAUGGAAGGUGGGGAUGAAAAUAUUCUUCCUUGUUAUAUUUGUCUUCUUUUGGACCAAAAUUCUGUUAAUUUGUUGA